AUGCUCAUUGACAGCAUUCCCUUGAAGGUCAAGGUGGGCGGCCCCGCGCUGGACUUCUUCAACCUGCAGAGCAUUGAGGAGGACAUCAAUGCCGCUCAGAUCGUCAUAUUGAGUGCGCGCGACGCACUGGCCAGCACGAUGCAGGCUGCCUCUCGCACCGAAGACACUCCAAGCCACAAAUACGAACAUGAGGCGCUGCGUUACGUCGUCAAGAGACGAGCGGUCAUGGAUGCUUUCUACAUGGCCGAAGACGUCUUCCACAUGCACCAAGUAAAGGCAGGAGACAUCAUCGAGGAGGAGCGCAGUGCACGCCUGCAACUAAAUCUCCUGCAUGCGGAGAUCAAGAAGCAAGUUUCUAGGGCACGGCGUGCCGAGUAUUUCAUGAGCGCAAAGUGCGUUUUUGAGCGAUUUGCGGAGGAGAAGCGUGCGUGUGAAGAAAAGAUGCGGAUGGUGCAGGAGCACAGCGAUUUUCUACUCUCCCUGAAGAUUGCGGAGGGGGAUCAGCGACAAGAUUCCAUACGCCGCGCGAUGGCGAGGCGAUGGGGUUCGUUGCAGCCAUCAGUCGUGCAACAA